UUUGACAACCGCAUCUUGAUCUGCAAACUUCAGUGACGGACGAGACUUCCCUUCCUGCGGCUACAUCAUUCAGACAUCCACAUUCGUGCAUCACUAGUACAACGCCAUGGAGCUGAACAUGCGCAUCUCGGCGUACCUGCCGGCGAUUGUCCGGCGGCGCCUUGAAACUCGCGAUAGCGUUGAGGUCCCUGACACCCAUAACGCCGAAGUCGUGAGCAUGUUUGCCGACGUGUCGGGGUUCACGGCGCUUACAGAGUCCCUUGCUGCACGAGGACCGUCUGGGGCCGAAGGCCUUGGCAAGUACUUGAACUCGUACUUUGAGCAGCUGCUCAAGCUCAUCUCGAGCGAAGGCGGGGACGUGUUCAAGUUUGCCGGCGACGCGAUCAUCGUGUUCUGGCUGAUCAAUCCGAAAGAAGACACCCCCGAGACCAUCGUCCGUCGUUGCAUUCAAUGCGCAUUGCGCAUCCAGCAGCACCUCCACCAAGCGACCUUUGCGCGCGACGUGGUGCUGAGCAUCAAAAUGGGCAUCGGGGUCGGCCGUGCAACGAUCGCGCACCUCGGCGGCGUGUCCGACGGCGCGACUUCCCGCAUGGAGUAUGUGGGGGUGGGGCCCGCGCUCAUCCAGGCCUUUGGGGCCGAGCAUCAUGCCUCACCAGGGGACGUGAUCUGUUCGGCCGAGUGCUGGGCAUUGGUGUCUUCGUCGUUUGCCGGCGUCCCCAUCCUCGAGCACGGCCAUGCCGCCACCGACGGAUGCGUCCGGGUGACGGAGGUGCUGCAUCCCGUGCGCUGCCAGAGCCGCCGCGCGUCGUUCACAAGGGACGACAUCACCCUCCAGAAGCGCAUGCAGCAGUACGUGUCCCGCGCCGUGUGGCCGUACUUGGAUGACGCCGAGGAGUUUUGGGGCUCGGAAUUAAGAGAGGUGACCGUGUUGUUUAUCAAUCUUGGCUUUGCCGACGCCGACUUGUCCAAAAUGCUCGACGUCGCCAGUGUCCACAAGCUGCACGCAGCGUUUGCUGCCGUGCAAAAGUGUAUAUACGACUACGAAGGCACUAUCAACAAGUUUCUUGUCGACGACAAGGGCAGCACCGCGAUUGCCGUGUUUGGGAUGCCCCCCGUGACCCACGAAAACGACCCGAUCCGAGGGAUUUUGGCGUCUCUGGCGAUAUGUGCGGCGUUGACGCCGUUGGGGCUCAAAGCGUCCGUGGGUAUUACAUCCGGCACGGCGUUCUGCGGGGUCGUGGGGCACCAGGGCAACCGACGCGAGUACACGGUGCUGGGGGACAUUGUCAACUUGGCCGCGCGACUCAUGCAGCGCGCCAAGUCGGAGCAUGGUGGCGUGAUCACGGACGAAUCAACCAAGUUGAGCACGGAAGACGUGCUGCACUUUGAAGAACGGCCGCAGAUCAUGGUCAAGGGCAAACAUGACAGCAUCAAGAUCCACCGGCCGUACCCGCGCAUGUCAAACGUGAUCAAACAUCACUUGGAGAAGCCCACCAACACGCCCCGCACGAUCAACGUCAUGGAGAACAUGCACAGCAUGCAAGUCACCGCCGCCAAGCGCCGGCUCAGCGCCAAACUGGCGCGACUCGCCACGGACGCUUCGCCCUCCGACGACGACGAUGGUCACCCUUCAAGCACCAGCGUUCCAGAGAACGCCGGUGCCCUCGACAUCCAAGCGGCGCUCCGGGCUAAGCUCGAGCUUGUGAACCCGCUCCACUCCACCGGCGCGUUCCUACUCGAAGGCGACAUUGGGGUCGGCAAGACGCGCCUCAUUCGGUCCACGUUGCGAUCGCCGAAAGAGGUAGGUGCUCCGGAACAUCCCCAGCAACCGUCCCCCCGCGUCGUGUUUGCUACGGCGACGCCGUUCACCCCCGGCAAGGACUACGUUGUGUUUGCCGACGUGCUGGUCAAGCUGUGUCCGCCCUCGCAGGCGGUGGGCCCGACGAUCGCCGCGUGGGUGGCGCAGGGAGUGGCGCCGCAGACGCACCUACUGGACCACCUGCACGUGCUCAACGACGUACUCGACGGCGUCGAGUUCGACAAACCACUGAGCAACCAAGACAGCGACUCGGCCGUUUCCGGCGCGGCGAUGGCGGCAUGGUUUGUCGAUUUGCUUGCCACCGACUUGAUGGAAAACCAGAGCGGUGACUCGUCUCGGGCGUCUGACGCGCGCGAGAGUCUGUGGUGCCCAUCCGACUUAGACGUGGCCGGGAUGCUCCUCCUCAGUGCGCUGUACGCUGUCACACGGGACCACCCGGUCGUGUUGUGUAUCGACAACGCCAUGUACAUGGACGAAAAGUCGUGGAUUCUCACCAUCAGCGUGGCAAAGUACUUUUCCAACUGUCUCGUGGUCGUUGUGUCUCGGCCGCCAAGCGUGGCCGUCACGCAGCGCACGGCCAGCUGCGCGUUUCGGAAAAAGUUGCGAGCGCUCAAGGAGCUGCCGUCGACGACGUCGUGCCAUAUGGGACGCAUGACGCCCGUGCAGAUUGAAAUGCUGGCCACGCGCAUCUUGAACAUCCCGACGCUGCCGACCGAGCUGGCCAACCUGCUCGUGUCCCGCAGCCAAGGCAACCCGCUGUUUCUGCACGAGCUGAUCAAAGUGAUGAAGGACCAGGGGGUGCUGUGGGUGGACGAAAAGACCCAGCUGUGCGAGACCCGCGUGCAGGUGGCGUGGGCGGACAAGGCGAGCGCGGUCGCAUGCUUUGGCUGCCAGGUCAAACUGCCCCCAAAGACCACCGACCGGAAUCGAUGCAAGGCGUGCGGCUAUGUGUUUUGCGCUCCAUGCACCCCCAAACAGUGCUUCAAGGUCCUGGCGGGACAAGGCGAACCCAUGCGACAUUGCAAGGGCUGCUUUGGCAUGACCCGGGGACGUCGGCCGAGCUUUGAACGAAGCGCGAGCGACUCGAGAUGUCUGGCGCCGCAUCCGUCCAGCAGUAGCAGCAGCACCCUCUUGCACCAUCAUUGCCAAACAAGUGGCAAUGCCGGCGCCGCAAUUGCCGCGGCCGAUGGGAAGAAACCGAUGCAUCGCAAAGCGUUAUCCAUGUUUGUACAUCCGUCCGAUCCGUCGACGCCACUCAAGCAUCGCAUGGCGCUUGUAGCCCCGCCAACCAUCAAGAGCGUGUUGACGACGCUGCUCGAUCAACUCACAGUGUCCCAGUACAUGCUCAUGAAGACCGCCAGCGUCAUCGGGUCUUCGUUCGACUUGGACACCGUGCGCGCCGUGUACCCUAUCAAAGGCCACUACGUCAAACCUGCCAAGCAACCACCUACCGACGGCGACCCCCCUAGCACCAACGUACCCGACAAGAACGUGUUGCCUGUCGAUCGGUUUAUGGUUGACAUUCACGCCCUGGAACGGCUGUCCAUGAUUCAGCCCGUGGAUGUGUUCAUCGGAGGGCUCAAGGUGCCGUCGCAAACCACCAAGUUUGAGUUUUGCCACGGCUUUAUGCAAGACGUAAUCCGCAGCCAAAUGCUGAGCGCCCAGUGCGACAAGCUCGCGACGCGACUGGCCGACUGCCGCGAGCAAAAAGCCAAAGCCAUGCGCCAACAGUUCUUCGCCAAGGCCCAAGGCUCGCUCACCCCCCUCAGUGCCCCCCCUAGUUCCCUUCCCCAGACCAACACCCACACGCCGCCCGUACGCUGUCACUCGACGCCCCACGUCGCCCCCCCUCCCCCCUUUGGCCCGGCCCCCGCCCGGACGUCAGCCGGGGACCUCCACAUCACUCGAUCUCUGUCCACGGUGCUCAAACUCAAAGCUGGCAUGGUACGUACAUGCGUCCCCGUUAUGUUUAUUUGGUCGAUGGCGUCGAUUGCCAGAGGGGGUUUGGUUGGUUCGUUUUGACGCCAAGCUGCUAAUGAUGUUUGAUUGAUUGUGAUGGCUACAAGGUGCAUGUGAAAAAGCACGGCGGCGUCCUCAGCCACUUUCGCCUCGGCAGUGCAGCCAUGUGGAAGCGGCGAUGGGCGGUGCUGCACAACACCCGCCUGCUGCUUCAGUACGACAACCACCGCGGCGGCGGCCGGAGUACCAGCAUGGAACUCAACCACGCCCGCGUGAGCACAUGCGAUAUGACCCACGACCCCGCCGGCGUCAAGUACCACUGCCUGCAACUGGACGUACAAGAGUGGUGCCGCAUGCAGCCACAGGCAACGCCCGAGUCGUUGAGUCCUCGAGUGUUUAUCCUUGGCUUGGAAUCCGCGCGCGAGCUCGACUAUUGGAUCUACAUGCUCAAGUAUGCGAUCGAGUCCCUCAAGGAAGGGUAGUAGUAGUAGACGCAGUACGAGCAACGAUGUACGAGCCUAAGAUAAGAAUUUUGCCAGAGUCCAUGAUGGUGGUGUCGGCGGAGUGGGCGAGCUGCCUGUGUGCGCGGCCCUAUAGGAGUUGGAUGGACGGAGGCAU